AUGUCACGUGAUUGUACCUGCUGGAGCACCCCACUAGCUGCAACCGUCAAUCCACAUUACAUUCCUGGACUAGUUGUUGAUCCCCGCGUUUCGUACCUUGAGUGCGCACUGCGCCGCUCAAUCAUGGCCGAGGAAGACGCCGAACAGGCGUUUUUCCAGGCGCAAGCCAUGAGCAACGAAUAUGAUCCUGCCGGAGUUGCGCAAACCGUCGAAGCAUCUGAUUCAGAAGAAGAUUAUGAUCCAUCGAAUACCUUACAUGAUGAGUACUCAGUUACAGUAGCAGAAUCUAAUCCAAAUGACGCGAUUACUGAAAGCAAUGAUGCUUCUUCUGCUACUCAGUCUAUCCCACAGGAUACUUAUCAGCCUGACCAAGCUGAUACUUCACAAACAUCUCAGCCUCCGUCCAGACCUGACUCGCAAAACUCCGUAUUAGGGCCUUCGUCCGCUAUGAAUGUACAGCCGAAAACCAAGACCAUAGGUGGCUUUGUUGUUGAUGACGAUGAAGACGAGGAAGAUGAUGAGAGAGAGGAUGAGGACAAGGAUGAGGCAGAGUAUGAGCCACCAGGAGUUUUGGAAACUAUUGAACAUGGUGGACAUAUUUCUGCAGGCGCUUCUGAGCAGCUUCCUUUUUCUGAAAAAAAUGCAAAUGAAACUAUUUCUACGUCUGGUGUAUCAAUACAACCCCUUGUGCCUGAGAUGGCCAGUUCCAAAGAUGUUUCUAAUAAUCCCGUUUCUUUCCAUUCUGGUCACAAUCUGUACACUGAAGCGAUGCAACAAGUUGGAGACAAUACUGAUAGCAAUGCACCCACCCCAAUUCCCUUGGCGGCAAAUUCUGCGGCGUCUCGGAGUCGCCUACCUCAUGAUCGCAUUGGCCUGUUGGAAGAUAGAAUCAGAGAGGAUCCUCGUGGAGACAUAAAUGCAUGGAUCGAACUGAUAGCCGAGCACCGAAGUCGUAACAGACUCGACAACGCGCGAGAAGUGUAUGAGCGGUUCUUCAAAGUUUUUCCAUCUUGUGCUGAGCAAUGGGUAGCAUAUAUCCAGAUGGAAUCCGAGAACAAUGAGCUUCAACGCCUUGAGCAGAUCUUCAAUCGUACAUUGCUAAGCAUCCCCAAUGUGCAAUUAUGGACUGCAUACUUGGAUUACAUUCGCCGAAGGCAUCCUCUGACUACAGACACAUCCGGCCAGGCUAGGCGAACUAUCACGUCUGCAUAUGACUUGGCCCUCACUCAUGUCGGUUUGGAUAGGGAGGCGGCAUCAUUGUGGACAGAUUAUGUUGAAUUCAUAAAAACAGGACCUGGUGUCGUUGGUGGUACGAAUUGGCAGGACCAGCAAAAGAUGGAUUUAUUACGAAAAGCCUAUCAAAGGGCUAUCUGUGUUCCUACUCAUUCCUUGAAUACCCUCUGGAAGGAGUACGAUCAAUUUGAGAUGGGAUUGAACAAACUUACGGGACGCAAAUUUUUGCAAGAUCGGUCUCCUGCAUAUAUGACAGCUAGAAGUUCUUAUACUGAGUUGCAGAACUUGACCCGAGACCUUGAUCGCACAACGCUUCCAAGAAUGCCCCCAGCCCCUGGAUUUGAGGGAGAUGUCGAGUUUCAGCAACAAGUCGGAAUAUGGCGCCGAUGGUUCAAUUGGGAAAAGGGCGACCCUCUAGUCCUCAAAGAAGAAGACAUAGCCGCGUACAAGAACAGAGUGCUGUACGCCUACAAGCAAGCAUUGAUGGCCCUGCGAUUUGUCCCGGAUAUUUGGUUUGAAGCUGCAGACUUUUGUUUCCAAAACGGCAUGGAUGCUGAAGGGAACGAGUUGCUCAUCCAAGGCUUAGAGGCAAAUCCAGAGAGCUGUUUGCUUGCAUUUAAACGUGCUGAUAGAUUGGAAAUCGAAUCUGAAUCGGAACAAGAUCCUCAAAAACGUGGUGCGAAAGUCAGAGAAGUCUUUGACAAACUUUUGGAUGCUCUGUAUGCUUUGAAUACCAAAGCCCGAGAGCGAGAAGAACAAGACAUUUCCAGAAUCAAAGAGCAAUUUGCUAACGAGUCAGACGAUUACCAACCCGUUGCUGAUGACGAAGAUGAGUUGGGACGCUCACAGGAGGUCCAGGCCAAAGAAGCAGCAAAGGAGAGUCAAAUCGAGGCCAUGCGGAAGGCACAUGCAACACAAAUCACUAUGACUUCCAAGUUGAUCUCGUUUGCUUGGAUAGCUUUGAUGCGUGCGAUGCGCCGUAUUCAGGGCAAGGGUAAACCCGGAGAACUUGCUGGUUCCAGACAGGUGUUUGCCGAAGCUCGCAAGCGCGGUCGUAUCACGAGUGAUGUGUACAUUGCCAGUGCCUUGAUUGAAUAUCAUUGCUAUAAGGAUCCGGCCGCAACAAGAAUUUUUGAACGAGGUGCUAGGUUAUUUCCGGACGAUGAAAAUUUUGCGCUUGAAUAUCUGAAGCAUCUGUUUGACAUCAAUGAUGUUACCAAUGCUCGAGCAGUCUUUGAAAUGACUAUAAGAAGACUAACCAGCAAACCUGAAAAUGUCAUCAAGACCAAGCCCAUCUUUGCGUUUCUGCAUGAUUAUGAAUCCCGAUAUGGCGAUCUUGGGCAAGUCAUCAGUCUGGAAAACCGCAUGCGCGAACUUUUUCCCGACGACCCUACUCUUUCUCAAUUCGCACAUCGUUAUUCGGAUGCCAACUUCAAUCCAGUUUCGGCACAACCGGUCAUCUCACUAUCACAAGUCCGUCCCCGAACAGUACCCUUGAUUGAUCAGCAACAACAAGGCUCGAUUCAAGGAACGCCUACACAAUACCUCGAUGUGCCUCCUACUGGCUCACCCAAACGGCCCUUCCCAUUAGAUGAUUUCGAAGAAGAUAGACCUCGAAAGUUCGCUCGUGCCGAAUCCCCCUUGAAGGGCAUACCAGCGCGUCGACCGGAUCAACUGAAACGGCCCACCACCCAGGUCAAUGGCGGACAAUAUCGUCCUCAACCUUCAGCAGCCCCGCUACCGCGUGAUGUCGUUCAUCUCCUCAGCAUUAUCCCGCCUGCUUCCGCGUACAACGCUGGACGAUUCUCUGCGGAGAAGCUGGUGGAUCUGAUUCGCAGGAUAGAUAUCCCAUCUUCAUCUACAUCGCAGUUUCGACAAUAUUAA